AUGCCAACCGUGACGCGCCGGUCCCGCAUCGUCGGCGCCCUGCUCGGCCUACACGCCGGUGACUCCCUCGGCGCGACCGUCGAGUUCAAGAGCCACGGCUACAUCAAGGCUACCUACCCGCCCGGCGACACCCGCCUGCGGGACAUCACCGGCGGCGGCGUCUUCCGGUGGCCGCCCGGCCACGCCACCGACGACACCGACAUGACGCGCGCCGUGCUCCUCGCCUACCUCGACAUCCUCACCGACCCCGCCCACGCCCGCGCGGCCGACGUCGCCGCCCGCGCCGGCCGCUACUUCCUCAAGUGGCGCGCCGGCGACUGGCCCGGCCUUUGCCGAGACGCUCGACCCGGACCGCGCCGGCGCCGGGCCCGGCCGCGCUGGCAACGGCAGCCUCAUGCGGUGCCUGCCCACCGGGCUCUUCCGCGCCGGGGAUCAGGAGGUGCUGGUGGCGGAGAGCCUCCGCAUCAGCCGCGUCACCCACGACGACGCCCUGUGCACCGUCGGGUGCGCCGUGUACAACGCCAUCGUCGCGGAGCUCGUGCUGGGCCGCCCGCCGGAAGCCGCCGUCGAGGCGGGCAUCCGCCUGUGCCGCCGCCUGGAGCCGGCCCCGCCGCCGGGGGACGCCCCCGCGGAGGCCAAGGCCAAGAGAGCGUCGGUGCUUGGUGCGCUCAAGCUAGGCACGCAGCUGCGCCUGCGGGGGCUCGCGGAGUUUGGCCCCCCGCCGAGCGCGAUGCCGGGCGGCUGCGCGGGCUACGUGCUCGAGUCGCUGUCCGUGGCGGUGGCCGCGCUGCUGGACCCGAGAUGCCUCGAGGACGUGCUGGUCGACGUGGUGCGCAUCGGCAAGGACACGGACACCAACGCGGCCAUCGCGGGAGGCCUACUGGGCGCGCGUGA